AUGUCUGAAGAGGAUCUCGACCUCGCCGCCCAGGACGCCCAAGGCCCCGGCCGCGUCGAUCGCGACCGCCGUGCGCCGCGGUUCAGCUGGACGCCCGCCUACGAGGCCACCUUCUUCCGCAGCCUGUGCGAGAGCGUCCAGCUGGGCAUGCGGGAGAACAGCAGCUUCAAGGCCGAGGCAGCCAUCUGA